GCUCUGCAGACGUCUCGCGCGAGCGAGGAAAGGCUGCGAAGAGAGAAUCGUCGCGCGUAAUACUCGGUAUCAUCAUAAAAGUAUAGGUAUAGUGUAAUAGGUGCGCUUGCGCAGCCACAAGUAUAAUAUAACACACACGGGGAGAGCCAUGGCCGCGUAUAGCUAGGCUAGAUAGACUCGCGCUCGUUGUCAUCGUCGUCGCUUCCCGGGGGACGAAUCGUCAGAGCCGCGGCGUGCGCGCGCGUGGGCUUCUCUCUCGCUGCACACAACAUUCUAUAUAGACAUAAUACUCGGCCUGCAGCAAUAGCCUCUCUAGCAGUAGAGAGCAGCAGCGGUUGUGGCCUGUAUAUAGGUGUCCGACCAAGCGACCGUGUGUGCGUGAGUGUGUGUGUUGGUGCGCGCGAGUGCGAGAGAGAGAGAGAGAGAGGAACACAGAGUAGAGAUCGCGCAGAGGGAGAGCUGGUGAUCGCGUUUGUGCUCGCCGUCGUGGCUGCUCUCGCGUGUGUCGCGCUCGCGCGCGUCUGCGUCCGUGUUCGCGCCCUGGCUGUGUUGUUAUUGACGCCGAUACCGCCGAGCUUCAUCAUCGAACGAGAGGAUUGCAGCCUGGCCGCGCUGGACAGUGCCCGGGGAAUAUGAAGAGAAGAAAUGCCGAGUGCGGCAAGCUCCGGAGGCCCUUGAAGCGCAACAAGAUCACCGAAGGAAUUUACGGGAGUACACUGUUAUACCUGAAGUUUCUUCUACUAUGGGCCAUGGUGAUUUUAGCAGACUUCAUUUUAGAAUUCCGAUUUGAAUUUUUAUGGCCUUUUUGGCUACUGCUCAGAAGCGUUUACGAUUCCUUUAAAUAUCAGGGCUUGGCUUUCUCUGUGUUUUUUAUUUGUAUUGCACUUACGUCAGAUAUGAUUUGUUUCUUCUUCAUCCCAGUACACUGGCUGUUCUUUGCAGCUAGUACAUAUGUUUGGGUGCAGUACGUUUGGCACACAGACAAAGGCGUGUGCUUGCCAACUGUGAUGUUGUGGCUACUGUUUCUGUAUAUAGAAGCAGCUGUACGAUUAAGAGACCUGCGGCAUAUGCCAUUUCACUUGGACCUCUGUAGGCCAUUUGCUGCCCACUGUAUUGGCUAUCCUGUUGUAACGUUAGGAUUUGGUUUUAAAAGUUACGUUGGCUACAGAAUGAGACAGAGAAAACAAAAAGAUGUAGCGAAAGAAAAUGAGUUCUAUUUACAACUGCUGCAACAAGCAUUGCCUGCGGAACAGCAAGCAGCUAACCUGCAGCAACAAAUACAACCACAUGUGCAAUUACAAGCACAAAUAUCUACCAUAUCGGUAGAACAGAAUUCAAAAUCACAGCCCCACAGGCCAAGUCCACAGUACAACCCAAGUCCAGAGAAAAGCAGAGGUAGAAUUGGCAAUGCUUCUGUAGAUCCAAGUAUUCAAAAUGGUGGAGUUCACAGUAAUUCACAAUUAUCGUCACAAGCACAAAGUGCAACCAAAAAUAAUCAGAGAAAGACUCUUGAUAAAGGGGAGAAACAGGAGGACCAACACACAAAGCAUAAUGCUGAAAAAUUGUCACAGUCUGAAAAGAAUGACAAAAAGUAUGCACACACGAAUGGUACUACUGUAUCUUCCAGUGAUUUACAAUUUAUAGAAAGGAUUAGUUCUGUAAACGAUUUCGACGUUAAUGAAGUAGAAAAAGACAAAUCGGUCAAAGGACAUAAUUCUGUUAAGACACAAUCUAAUGGCUCAGCCGGCGGAAAAUGGAAUAAUGUAAAAGAAAGCAAGGAUACGUCGAACACGACGAACAAUCAACGAGAGAGAAAAGGACGACAAGCGAAAGCAGCGACUGAAACAAUAAAUGAGCAACAAAAGCAACAAGAAGAAUAUUGCCAGAGGUUAAUCGUGUGUCGCAAGCUUGAGGGAGAUAUUAAACGCCUAAAAUCAGACUUACAAUCGAGUCGACAGGUUGAACAAGAAUUGCGAUCUCAAAUUAACACUUUGUUAAAUGGUGAACGACAAGCAAAAAGUGAUAUUCAACAGCUUCAACACGAUAACGAACAGUUGCAGAGCAAAUUACACGGGUUAGUCACGGCUCGACAACAAGACAAACAGACAAUGUCAUCUCUCGAGCGACGAAUAGCCGACGAAAGAAGACAGCGCACAGCCUGCGAGGCAUCACUAGCUUCCGAGAGAAGAGCGCGACGUGCUGCCGAGGAAGCCCGUUCUGCGAUUCCGCCUCCGCCGCCGCCUCUCAUCCGUCAAGAGUGCACAGACGCAUGCAAGUCCCGUAGAGCCCAAAUGGAGCAGGAUCUGAAAAGUUUGCGCCGUGAACUGAAAGCGAAAGACGAAAUGUGUAUGGUUUACGAGAAAGAAACUGCUCAUUGUAAAGAGAAUCAUAGUGAAUCAGAAAUCAUACUUGGGGCACUUAAUGCGCUACAAGACAAAAAUACUCAUUUGGAAAACAGUUUGAGUGCGGAAACUCGCAUCAAACUGGAUCUGUUUUCGGCUCUUGGCGAAGCCAAGCGUCAAUUAGAAAUUAAGGAGAGCCUAAUCCGAUCGCAAGAGAAGGAGAUCGAUAUCUUGAAGGCUAAAAUAGCACAAGACUUAGCUGUCAGUCCACAAGACACAUUUGGUCCUGCAGCUCCUUCAUGUUCUACGUCAAAACUUCGGUUGGGGAAUGAUGUGCGUGUAGGAAGUUCAAAAAUUCGUGCAAAUGAAAGUCCUUGUCCAGGCUGUACUGUGUCGAAUUUAGAUCCCAAUGCAACAGCAUACACACCUAAAGGAUCAUUGGUAGCAUCUACCGAAGCUUAAAAUCCACAUCUGUGAAAUUGGUCAAGCCCAAUAGAGCAGGGUGUAGAUCGAUGAAACGCGUUUUAAAAAGAACUACUCUGUUAUUAGUAAAAGAGAUCAUGUAUCAAUUAAUUUUGUUAAUCACUUAUAAGCUCUGCUUAAACUUUUAUUAUGGUGCAAGUAUUUUCUUAAAAUUAAAAGUUUUGUAAACGCAAAAUUUACAGCAUAAUAAUGAGAAACGCGAUUCAUAUUAUCUACUACAAGGACUAUAACUGAACGUGCUCAAUAUAAAAAAUCUGAUUACUUACUGGUAUAUAUUUUACAAUCGCCAGUGUCACUUGAGUAUGAAGCUCCAUGGCUGUGGGUUGAUUUAACAAAAGUUGUUUGAACUUUGUAACAUUAUUUUCUUUACCCACAUUAUUCCUGGCUACGACUUAUUCAUGUUAUUUAAUUUUUUCUCAUAUGUAUAGCCAAUGUUAACAUCAAAAUAGUAACUUUUUAGAGAGUUAACAUUUUUACAUAACUACUAAAUUGAUAAAUUGUCAGAAAAUAUUUACUAUUUCAGAAAUGGUAUAAUAGCUAUCAAAAAUCUUCCCACAAUACAUGCCUAACACAUGUGACAGCUUGCUGAAUAUGUAUUUACACGAAUCGCGUUCUGGAAUCAGUCCUUCAUAAAAUUGUAUUUUUAAAUUCAUUAACAUCAAAGCCAUUCUAAAACAACAUUAAGUUAGCUGAGUAAACUUUUAUUUUGAUGUACUUUCUGUUUGUUCCUGUCAAAGCUCUGCUCUAAGGACUUUCAAUCUUAAAUAUCUUUUUUAUGGAUCAUGAAAAAGAAAAUGACCUAUAAAGGAUAGCACUCUUAUCUGUACGCGUAAAGUGCGAAAAAAAUGAAAUUCAUUGAAAUCGAAUUGCUUGGGAUGCAUGCAUUUGACAUAAUCGGUACCGUAAUUGUACUGUGAAGCAAAAUUAUACCAAGAUAAGAUUAAAAAAUUCACUGUUAUAAAUUUCAUUUUCAUGCUUGCAUUUCAACGUUAAAUUAUGUUUCUUCCUCUUGCAUUUUUACCUGCAGCUUUUAAAUUCUAUUAUUUUGCUACAUUUCAUGAUAAAAUAAAAAUAAUUCGUCAAUCUGUCUUGGUAUAAUUUUUCUCUAAGUGUUUUUGCAAAUAAGUGACUAUUGAAAAAUUUUGUAUAACUUCGAGUUAGUAUUCAUUGGAUAGGGUUAAAUGAGUUGAAAUUAAUUGCCACUGACUAGUUAAAUUAACAAUUUUUGUUGUUACACUCUUCCAUGACUUUUGUAAGUGUGUAAUUAAGAAGCCCUCGAGUCUCGUAAAUAUUGAAUUGAAGAUAUUUGUGGCAAAGGAUUCUACCUUGUGGUUCACAUAUGUAACCUACCUACAAUUGGUUUAAUUUAUUAAGAACAUGAUGAACAAACUAAUGUUGUGAUCGUUUUAAUGAAGAUAUUCAGCUGGCGGUUUAUAUGUCUAUUUUCGAAAGAGUACAUGUGAAUUUUUUUUCUGUUUGACAAGAUUCAAAACUCUGCUUUUAUUGUUGAAGUAAAAAAAAAACCUGGUAAAAUUUAUAUUUCUUGUUGUAAAGUACACGCAGAAAGGCGUGGAUUUUUUAUGUGAUAUUUUUACUUGUUUUGCAAGUUUCUUUUGAUUAGUUCUAAAUUAGACGACAAACCGAUUCACAACAUUUAUUUAUCAAUAGCAUCUUCAUGACAAUUAAUUUUCAACAUGAUGUAAUGACAUCGAAACUACGACUAGUCAAAUCUAACAAAGUUCUAUGAGCACAAAUAUUAAAUUAGGAUACGUUUACGAAAAAUCUUCCCUCGUUCUUACCGUACGAAAAUCAUUAUUUUCUUGCUAUCGUUACAAAGAACUAUUUUGACGUUCGUUUUUAUAAUUUAUAAAAGCUUUCAAUUCACGUCAUAUUUUUAAAUAUGUAAGCCGUCAAUGAAGGAAAUCGCACUUUGCAAAGUUUUUAGAAAGAACUUUAUAUGUCGUUUUGCUCAAUAAUGAUUUUUGAUCAGCAUAAUAUUCCUGAUCGUUUUACCUUCCGUAUUGAUGACGCUAUGACAUUUUUUAAUUAUAAGGAAAAUGAAAGAUGAAAUGAUUCGUCUCAUUAGUACAUACUCAUACUUUCAGACUGAAACAUCGCACGAUUAUAAUUAUACUUUCAGUACAACAGAUUCAGAAGCGAGAUUUUGCAAAUAAAUAAGAGAAACAAAUACACAUCUGUACGCGUGUACCGUUUUGAUAAAGAAAUAGGCAGAAGCAGACUUAUUUUUCUAUUUUCUAAAUAUUUAUGCGAUCCGGUGAUACGAUAAGAUGAUAUUAAACAAAACCAGUAACAAAGAAAAUAAUAAUAAUAAUAAUAAAAAAAGAGUGAAAGAAGAGCGAUGAUUUGAUUUGUAAAGCGAAAUGUAACGAUUCAUACUGUUCGAGCUUUCAUUUUUAUCAUGAAGCAUUGUAAUGAGCACACUCAUAUUCUUACGCAAAGACAUUCGCGAGAGGCAUUUUCGUAAAUGUACAAGGUUGUUAUUAUAAUCUAAGAAAUCGUUUCCUAUUAGUUUGGCAUAAGCUCAAUGUCUUGAUUACAAAUAUGCGUAUCAAUGAACGCCCAAAACGUUCAUUCAGAAAGCAAAACUGCUAAGCAUCAUCGUUACAUAUGUAAAGGAAAAAAAAAAAACAAAUUGUACCUAAUGCAACUGUGCUUGCAGUUUCUCAUUUUCUAUACAUACUUAUUUAUUUUAAAUUCUAUUAAAUAUCUUUUUUUUAAUGUCGAUAGGAUGCGAUAAAGUUGCGAAUUCUUUUUGAAUAAACGGAACCGACUAUCUUGUAAUUCGACGUGUUCGGUUGUUGUGAUAUAGUUAAGCAUGUAAACUUUCGUCAGUGCUACGCACGAAAGCUAUCUUAUAUCUUUUUCGUUAUACUUACUUUUAUUGUUUAUCUUAUCGCCUUCACAAUGCAACAGGUCGUUCAUAUUUAAAUCCUGUUGGUCAUUUUUUUGUAAGCGGUCACGAGCAAGACAACAAGUACUUAAUAUUUUCGUUUCUUUCUCUAUUUAUAUAUACGUUACGCACUACAAACACGAAAGAUUUUAUUUUCACAACUUUUCCUACUCAUUAUCGUCUUAGUUUGGAGUUAGCAAGCACAAACAUGGGUAUACUGGGCUGGUUAGUUACCUGUUUCCGUACAUCAUCUAAAAUCUUGGAAAGGUAUCAUUUAGAAUUAGUAAUUUAUCUCUUUAAUGUUAAAUUCGUUUGACAUUGACUUGUUGUGUUCUUAGCACGCAAGGAAAAAAUUAAUUUUUCUAGCAGAAUAUUUCAUUUUAUUUAAAAAUUAUUUAAUUAAUUAUUUUAGCAAAUAGAUCCGAUAGCAAAUCAUGAAUUAUUGAUUACAAUGUCUUCCUAUUUUAAAAAUUCAUUCAAAGCAAGCGUGUUAAUUUAACCAAUUAUAAAACAGCAAAAAGUUAUGAGCAAAUAUAUCUUUCUUUUGUAAAUUUGUACACACACAUAUUUGAUUUUGACGCACAGAAUGAUUUUCUCAAUGCUUUUCAAUCGGACGAAACGUAUGAUGCGCUUCCAACGAUUUAUACUGUGUACUUACAUACUUGUUUUUAAUUAGAUAUAAGUUAAUGGCGAAAAGCGAUGCGAUUUGCCGCUGUAUUGAUCUCACACGGCGUUAUGAUUUUGCCUUCGCGAAUGUCUUUGCUUUAUCGAUAAGGAUCCAGACUCACGUAUCAGAACGAAUGAGCGAAACAGAUAUAAAUUGUGCGAAUAACUCCGCAAUGCUUGGAAAAAAUCUCAUGCUUCGAAGAACAGUUAUGUUAUGCGUAAUUAUUGCAUAAUUCCGCUAGAGAUUAUCGAAAUGCACAAUUUUCUCCAAUGUCAUACGAGUAAUCGAUUACAAAUGUGAACUGCGUCUUCAUUGUUUAAAAAUUUUCAUGACUUCAAUAUACAUGUAUAAAUUCAAAA